AUGGCAGUCAAAUAUACCACCUGGCUGCCCGUGCUCGCUCUCCUCCUCGUGCUGUACGCACGCCCGACUCACGCCUUUGGCGCCGGUAAUAUCGGCUCAACAUCCAAGAUCGAAGGCAGCAACUGGCGCCAUGGCGAUAUUGAAGACACCCUCCUCACUCUGCUCACCGCACGUGCCAUGGGCGGCAAGAAGUUCAGCAAGCUCGAUGUCAAGAGGACUUACUUCGGCAACUGGCUGCGUGACUACUCUCAAGCUAUCGACGUGGGCACUGUCAAAUAUGUCAGCGCUGAAGUAAUUCGACUCCUCCUUUGGAUCUUGGGCUUCAUGAGUUUCGGCUACGGAACAGGCGAGUUUGAAGUUACGGCGCAACGGCUGGGAUGUUAUCGCCCCGAAGAGCACAUUGACAACCCCAAGGACUACGCAGACAAUCUCGACGCUCGCCAGUACGAUCGUCGUCUUCGUGGCCCAGUUGAUGAACGCCGCGAGUUGAGCAUUGACGAGCGCAACGGCAUGAAAGCGUACAUUGCUACUGAGGAUCGUGACAUCACGACAUCUGCUGGCAUGAUUCGCAACCUGUUCCGCAAGUCCAUCGAGCUUGGUCGCCGAUACAAGCAGACCCGGGACGAGCGUGACUUUUACGAGGCUCUUCGCUUGCUGGGCACUGGCUGCCACUGCUUGGAGGACUUCUCUGCUCAUAGCAACUAUACCGAGCUAGCUCUGAUUGAGCUUGGCGAGCGCGACAUCUUUCCCCAUGUUGGCCAGAAUACCCAAAUGCGUCUCCAAGGCGCUCGUAGUUCCGUCUAUCCCCUUGUCACGGGCACUUUCGGUGGCGUUGACUUCUUGCACUCGGUCAUGGGCGAGUUCACCGACAAAGCUGCUCAGUCUGAGCUCCAAGAGCUAGAAGGUACAAUCCAACAGUCACAAAACGCAGACACGAGUCUGCUGAAGGACCUUCUUGACAAACUCCCUCCUGGCAUAUUGGGCGACUCUGAUCACAAGGGCAAAGCCGACCAGCUCCAGGCCAACGCUCAAGCUGCCCAGAUGCAAAACAUGCACAUUUCUCCCAAGGAACCGGAAGAGUUCACUGCCCAGAUUGGUGAGAUCUCCAAGCAGAUCUAUCCCAUUCUCGAGUUUCACGACAACAUCAUGAAGAGCAUUUCCGAGGCCAUCGACAAGAUUCCUGUGCUACCAGAUCUCAUCGAAGAGUUGCAGAACCAGGUCAGCUUGUUCGUCUUCUCUCUGCUGGCACCAUUCAUUGUGCCCGUAAUUUCGCAAGUCAAGAACGAGCUUCGCACCGGUUCUUCCGAAAUCAUCCAGUCCAGCCGCGAUAAGCAGAUGGUUGUCUUCAACGAUGAUCGAUCCACCGACCCGACGCACAGCAUGCUUUCCAAGGAUCACUUCACCAACGUCCUCAACGAGCCGGCUGGUAAGGUUGGAUGUGCGGUCCUGAGGUGGGUCGUCCCACAGAUCGUCGCUGCUUGGGACGAUGAACGCAUUGACAUCCGCCGCACCAACGAUCGUAUCAUCCACGGUGUGAUGCACCACCCAGCUCAGCGUGAGUACGGCGAUGAUGGUGCUCGCGACGGCAGGAUGGCCAUGUUCAGGGUAGUUGAGCAGUGGUGGGGUGAGAUGGAUGACCGUGUGAGAGACGUUCUCCGUGACAAGCUCAGCCGCGAUGGCAUUGAGAACUUCCGCAACCACAAAGAAGGCGUCGAAGAUUCUGGACAUGGAUGCUGUAAGCCGCUGGGCAUGCCAACUGUCAAGACCAGUCAGAGCUCGGGUGCCAUUGGCGGCGUCAUGGUUGGUCUGAGUCAGGCACUUGGUGGUGGCUCUGGUGGAGGGCAGGGUAGCCAUGUCAGCAACCAGAUCAGCGGCACUGUGGGUGAUGCUGUUGGCGGUGGAGCGCUCGGUUCCAUCGUUGGUGGCCUCGCAGGUGCCGUCGGAGGUGGUCUGCUUGGCGGCGCGUUCGGUGGCGACAAGACCGAGAAGAAGACGUACGAGAGCAGCGAGUAUCGCCAAGAUGGAUCGUACAAUACUCGCCUCACCGAGACAGGUCAUCGCCCUGGUGGCUAUGAACAAGAAGAGCGGUACGGCCAAGCGCAAAUGUCGCAGACGCAGUAUUCCUCUGGUGGACAUCGAGAGGACUACCAACGCUACGAACAGGAUGGACAACAAGGGCGCACCGGCUACGGGUUUGAGCAGUCCCACGAAGUUCGGACAUCCCACGGCGGUGGCUACGAGCAGCGUACAGAGCAGCGAUACGAGCAUCCAGGCGGACGUUACGAGGGAGAGUACCAGGAGCAGGGCGUCACGAGCUCUGGCCGGCAGUACGGCCACCAAGAGAGCUACUCAGGCCACCAUGGCAAGAAGGAUGACAGCGAUGACGACGAUGAUAGCGGCGACGAUGAUGACUGGGAGAAGAAAGAGAAGAAGCGCCGCAAGAAGGAAGAGAAGCGCUUGAAGAAGCUGCGCGAGGAGGAAGAGGAGCGUCACGGUCGUCGCAGUGGCAGCCAUGGGCGCAAGAAGAGCAAGUCUCGCAGCCGAGAGCGGAGACACGAUGAAGACUAUGGUCGUUCGAGCGGCGGAUACGGCGGCGGAUACCAGUCUUCUCAGCGCCGUGACGAAAACGAGUCCCGCGGAUCAUACGGCCAGCAGGAGUACGGUCGAUCUGAGAGCCGUUACGAGCAGAGCAGCCACAGCGAGAGCAGAUAUGAGCGGUCAUCUGGCUAUGGUGGUGGUCGAGACGAGUAUCAGCAGCAGCAAAGCUACAGCGGAGAUUCGUAUGGCGGAGGAGGCUACAAUCAGCGCUCGGAGUAUGGCUCGAGUGGGUACGGAGGCUAUGGAGGUGGCUCUGGCUAUGGCAGUUCUGGCUACGGCGAGCAGCAGGGAGGCUACGAACAGCGCCGAUGGUGA